AACAUACAUACGCAGCUCACCCCGUCAUGGCAUCUUCAGCAUUCAACCUGCUCACCGCUGGAGGGGCCAGGUUUGACAAGAGACGUUUCAAUGAUGAUAUACGUCUUUUCACCCAGCCCUCUUCCAAAUCCUCAAAACGUCAACGUACACAAGCUCUUCCUUCUGACCAACUCCCCACCUCCCUCGACGUCUUUCACGAUCACACUCAUCCUUCCAACCGUCCACCCGCAUCGUCAUCUAGCGAGGACGAACUGCCCCGACCACCCAAACAGAAGAUCACCAUCACCGGCUCUGACCCACUCCCAAAAUCUUUACACACCAACAUGCCGUCUCUUUUCAAUCACCCACCUUCUCCGCUCACUUCGGCACAGGGUCAACCUCUUCUUACUGCUCUGAAAGCCGCUGGCAUUCAUUCGUUAUGGGGCGUCCAGUGUGCCGUCGCCGGAUCGUUGCUGGAAGGUCAUGAUACUCUUUGCAUAGCCCCAACGGGAUCAGGAAAGACAUUAGCUUAUCUACUACCCACACUGGUCAGGUUACAAGAUCCUGUCAGAACUUUGACGGCCGAGGAUAAGGGACAAGGAGUGAGGGCGAUUGUUCUUGUUCCAACGCAUGAUUUGGCCGUUCAGAUACAUGGGGUGCUGAAGGUGAUGUGUAAAGGGAGGAAGUGGAGGUGCUUAGUACUGUCCAAGGCCACGGAGAUGGCAAAGACGAGAAGGGCCGGACUAGGGAUAGACAUUUUGGUUGCUACUCCGGAACGUCUCCAUCACCUCAUCAACGAGCAACGUGUCUCUCUUGCAGAAACAAGUCAUAUCAUCCUGGACGAAGCGGACCGACUGUUGUCACCAGAUUUCUUACCCCAAGUCGAACCCAUCGUCGAGGCUUGUACUCAUCCGAAAGUGCAGAAAUGUCUCUUGAGCGCUACUAUACCAGCUGGGGCGGAGGCUUUGGCUCGAACCUGGCUCAGAGAAGGUGGAGUGAGAAUUGUGGUAGGCAUAAAAGACUCCGCCGUCACGACCGUCGACCAAUCUCUAGUAUUUACAGCAACGGAAUCUGGAAAACUCAUGACCCUCCGUCAACUCAUUUCAUCCGGCGACCUCCCUUACCCUUCCCUGAUCUUCGUUCAAUCCAUCGAGCGCGCAGAAGAACUAUGCAAAACCCUCGCUCUGGAAGGUGUCAAGGUGGAUAUGGUACAUGGAGGUCGGAGCAGGACCAAAAGGGAGGAAGCUGUGGUAAGAUUUAGGAAAGGAGAUGUAUGGAUUCUGGUGGUCACCGAGGUACUCGCACGAGGCAUGGAUUUCAGAGGAGUCAAGGUGGUGAUAAAUUACGAUUUUCCGCAAACGGUGCAAAGCUACAUCCAUCGUGUAGGUCGUACCGGUCGCGCUGGUAGGCCAGGAAAAGCCAUCACAUUUUUCAGCCACGAAGAUGGGCCGUAUCUCCGAACCAUUGCCAACGUCCUUCGUUCCUCCGGCUGUCCAGUACCCCAAUACAUGCUCGAUCUCCCUGCUCCGUCAAAGAAUCAAAAACGUCAUCUCGCCAAAGUGCCAGUAAAGCGAAAGUCUGUCGGGGGAGGCGGGCGGGACGUGGGCAAGGAGAAAAGUCAGAAGAAGAGGGAGAUGAAGGAGGCUUCGAAACGCAAACGAGACCACCAUGUAGAAAGCGAAUCAUGAAACAGACAUGGAGCAGGUAU